CUUUAUUUUCUAUUUCAUUUUAUGUUACAGACUUAUUCCAGAUUGUAUUUAAUAAUCUACUUUCUCAAACUUAUACACAGAGACAUCUCAUUAUGACAAUGUGGAAAAAGGGUUUUGAGAUUUUUGCAAAUUAAUUAAAAAUGGAAAAACAAGAAAUCACAUAUGUAAAUAUUCACAGCCUUUGUUUAAUACUUUGUUGAUGCAACCUGCUUAGCUCAACUAUCUUUAGGCAGUUUCACCCAUUUUUCUUCGCAGUUCUUCUCGAGCUCCAAUAGGUUGGAUGGGAGAUUUAUGUGCAACUGUUUUCUGAUUUCUCCAGAGAUGUUCAAUGAAAUUCUAGUCUGGACUUUCUGCUCCAGAACGUUCACACAGUGGUUUUGAAGCCACUCCUUUGAGAUCUUGGUCAUAUGUUUUGGGUCUUUGUCCAGCUGAAAAAUUAACUAUCGCCCCAGUGUAAGGUCAAGGUGCUCUGGAACAGGUUCGCAUCCAGGAUGUUGCUGUACAUUGCUGCAUUCAUCUUUCCCUCUUCCUCACUAAUCUGCCAGUCCUUCUGCUGCAAAUAAAUCCCAUAGCAUGAUGCUGCCACCACCAUGCAUCAUCACCAUGUAGGAAUGGCAUUGGCCUGGUGAUGAUUCAUGCCUAGUUUCCUCCAAACUUGAUGCCUGGCAAACACACCACAGAGUUCAACCUCCAAACUCCAGACAGGCUACCAUGUGCCUUUUAUUAAGAAGUGGCUUUUAUCUGGAAACGCUACCAUACCGAUUGGUGGAAUAACUAUAUUAAUGUGAUUUCUUGAUUCCAGUAAAUUUCCAAAAAUCCCAAAAUAAAACAUACCCACAUUGUCAUAAUGGGGUAUUUGUGUGUAAAAUUUUGAGGAAAGAGAUUAAUUUUAUUCUAGUUCGGACAAGGCUGUAACUUAACAAAAUGUGGAAAUAGCGAAAGGGCUGCGAAUAUUUUCCCGAUGCACUGUCGUUAUCACUAUUCAUUUUAUACACAAUGUGUGACAAGGUGGUGCAGUUCUCAGCAUUGGGACCUUGCAGCAAGAAGGUUUUGGAUUUAAUUGCAAGUCUGGGGUUGUUCAGCAAGAAGAUUACAUAUUCUCUUGUAAAUUAUUUCUCUCCAGGUAUUCUGGCUUCCUGUCAGAAUACCUUACUCUAAAUUGCUCUUGGGGUUGAGUGUGUCCACGCAUGGUUAUUUGUCUUUUUGUUGUCCUGUGAUGGAUGUAUGUAUGGAUGGAUGGAUGGACGGCCAGUCGUCCAUAACAUUCUGAACUAAACAAAGAAUUCACAAUGUUAUUAUUGUUAAGGAGCCAAACCUGCUUAUUAGAAAUAUCUCAUUUUUGCCAGUGACUGCCUUAUUUGCUGUGGAUGAUAUAUUCGAUCUAUUUUUUUGUUAUUUACAAACAGUUGUGAAAACUAACUAUCUUUGUGCUGAUAAUGUUUCAGGGUAUCACAACAGACCACAGAGACACACAAUUUAGCCACAAUCCCUUACGGAACUACCUUGUGCAACUUUUUGCUCAAGUCUUAACAAAAAUGCUCCUCACAAUGUGGCAGCAAUAUUGGAGUUGAACAAAGACUUUAAUGGAUUGUUUACGCCUUUCCAUCUACAUUUGGGCCCAACUAAUCUGUAUUUAUACUAAAACAACACACAAUCGACCAGGAAAAUUAUUAACUAUUCCAUACAACUUUUUUUUUUUUUUUAAAUCCUGAUGUAUCCCUUUAAGAGUUGACUCUAGCACUGAAAUGGGGGGAGGAGGAUAGAAAGCAGUGGGGGUUGGUUGGGGGAGGUUUGUGUGCCUUUGUCUAUUUCUUGCCCCCCAGCGGUAAAAUGCAAUGACCGCCCCUGCUCACUUUGACCUGUCAAAUUCACUGUGGGCUCGGACACAAAUGCCGUCCAAGCACGCAUGCGCCGUGCGCAGUAUUCCGCGCCUUCUGCAGGAGCUGUAUGAGCUCCAGGGCUCGGUGAUCUUCCUCCUGGCACAGCAUCACGUUUGUUCAGCACCGAGCCCAGCUGCCACAGUCGCGGAGCUUCCCCAGAGAGAGACCAGGCUUCGCAUGGCUAGAUGUCUGCCGAGCCCAUUGCUCCUCUCCCUCGCUGCCUUUGUGUUUGUUUUUCGACAGAAAACGCUCCUUUCCCAGUAGCUGGAAUCCCAAGAGCUUGACCAGAAGACCACGCUUUGCAUUGUGACGUUUCACCGCCACAAUGCUGGGGUUGCAGGGAAAUUCUUCAACGCCCAAAGUGUAUCGCUGCGUGGCGUGUUCAGACACCUUCAAUGGAUUAGCCUCCCUACUGGUACAUCAGGCUACUCAUGCGAGUGCCGAGCCCAAGAGCUCUACCCCCCCUCCAGCACGGCCUAACAACAGUCUGGUGGAAAGCCAGGUUACGAAUGAUGUCCCAGCUAUUGAAAAGCCUGUUUCAUUGGCUCAUCUGUCUGACAGCCCUGCAAAUUCUUUCUACAUUUGUGAUUGUGGGGAUGAAUUUCUAGACUUCCAUCUCAUGCUGGAGCAUAAACGUUCACAUGUCCGUCAGCGACAGCAACCUGUGGAGGAUAAUGUUUCCCUGCUUGAUGGAACAGGGAAUAACCAUGUCUUUUCAGCCCAAAAAACAUCUUUCGCCCCCGUUCUAGAGGCAGGUUUAGACCUCAGCUCCCCCUCCACUUCCAAGUCCUCAGGCUCUGAGGUACCCACAUCAAAUGCACUUUCAAGAGAUGUGGCCUUGGAAGACAGUGUUGCCAUGGUAACCCCUCCUCAUGGCCAGCACACACCCCCUCAAGAUGUCAGUGUGAAACCAAUUGAGGGCAUGUCUACCACAGGAGAGCCUUUGCCAGAGAGCAAAGAAGACAUGGAUUUGGAGGAGAACACCAAUUCUGUCUCACUCUCUGAUCAGCUGGAAAAUGUGCAAAAAAACAACAUCCUCAUGAAGCUGUUGGCUUCUGCGUAUCAGAACUGCUUACCGUCUUCCGAUUCUGAGAAUGAAAGCAAACACAAUGUCAUCCCAAAGCAGGAAGACAUUCCUAUUGAUAUAAGCCCAGUAGCUAAAGCCGAAGCAUCUCAGAACAAUGAUCUCUCCAUUGUCCAGAUGAGGCGGCUGCUUGUUAAACCUGGAAUAAAGACAAAGGCCCCACCCAUCAGCAGAGUUCUGGCUUCAAGUAGGAAGAGAGUCGUUUCUCUUACUAAGACUAUGUCUCCUGUUGUGGUUCUGGAGACCCGCCAAAAGCUCAUGGAUCCAACUUUAAAAGGGCUUUAUGGAAGAUAUCAAUGUGGCCGCUGUCGUAAGGUCUUUCCAAACUUGGACAGAUUGACAGAGCAUCAUUUUUUGCACAAAAAAGAAAGGAUUAAAUGUUGCCGCCGUUGCAAACAGCUCAUUAUUGGACGGCUGCCUUUUUCUGACAAUCACGUCUGCGUUCAGAUGAGAAACAACUGGCCAGCAAAGAAUCUUCAAAACAAAUCGCCCUUUGGCUCCAAAAUGGUGCCAUUUCAUAGUCUGAGCAAUGCCAAAAAGGUUUACUUCUGUCCGUUGUGCAAAAACAGUUAUGCUCGAAGGUGGAACCUUAAAACACACAGGUGUCACGGUGCUAAGUCGGGCGUCCAGGGUCAGGUUAGUCCUUCAUUUCAGAGAAUGUCAACGCUGACGUCAAACCUUGGUGCCCAGAUGGCAAUAGUCGAGGAUGCAAAUGAAGGAUUUAAGACUGUCUCUGUGGGAACUGAAGCUGGUGCUCACAUCAAAGUUGAGGGGACUUCUCAAGAUUCAGGGCUGUCUGCAGUUUCACAGUUGGCUUGGAUGCCUCCUGCAAGAACUUUCCCCCCAUUUUCCUUAAAAGCCUCCAUGAUCGAUUCGCUUCAGGACCCUUCACUGGCUUCCCUCGAGGAAGAAGAUGAAAACUGGAAAAUGGAGGAGAGUAACAGGGAAAACGGCAACGAGGGGCAGUGGACAAUCCCGUUAGAUGAUGAGAUUCAGAUGCUCAGUUCCACCAACAAACUUGGCAACAACAGACACCUGACUCAGUCUGGAUCUGUCGAAUACACAGAGAUACCCCCCCAUGCUCUGCCCUACUUUGUCAGAGAAGGAGUAAGGCGUUACCCUUGUAGCAGGUGUCACAAAACCUACAGUAAAGCGUCGACUUUGAGACGCCACCUGCUGCUCUGUGGAGUCAGGCCACCUGGGUUUGGGACUGUAGCUCAGAGUCAGCCUCACCGUGCCACACCUCUAAACACCACUAACAUGAAACCGAUGUUUUCCUGCUUUGUCUGUGGGAGGGCCUUCAACCGCAAAGACAACAUGAUGACCCACAGGAAGAGAUGUCAACUGAAGCGAACAAUGUCUGGUCUGGAUGGAGGGAUCAUGCUGCAGGGCUUGCAAGGCGACACGCCAGCUGAUGGUCAGAUCCAGGAGGAGAACAGUGCUGGAAACUGGGGCAUCAUGUCUCUGCCAUCUGUGCUCCCAAGGAGGGUGACGUGCGAGUGUGGGGUGGGAUUUACAUCCCCAAGGCUCCUCCUAGAGCAUCUACAGAAGCAUGCACAAGAGUCUUACACAUGUCCAACCUGCGGAGAGACCGUUAAUUCCUGGGCUGACUAUGAGGUUCACCUGCAAAUCCACAUGCAUCCUCAGCACAAGCUGGCAAAGGGACACCGAUCGCAGCCUCUUUUACUAAGACUGCAGCAGCCACAGCCCACCCAGUCAGUGCUUCCACCACUGCAGAAACCGCCACGCUCAGAGCCAUCCCAACACCUACAUCUGCUCUCUGUAAAAAAGGGGCAGCGGAUUGUGUGCACCCGGUGCGGGAAUAGUUUUGCCACCCGCUGUUCCCUUCGUAGGCACAUAUCCUGGAAUCGCUGCAAAGGCAUGCGGGCCGUGAACCCCCCCACAAAUCCACCUAAAACCUUCCACUGCUCUCACUGCAACUCUGACUUCCCCAACAGCAUCAGCCUUGUGUUCCACCAGAGGAACGGCGCAUGCAAACCUGCCAUCAAGCCCGUCCGCUGCCCUGUUUGUUUUCGCUGGUUUGGCACCAUGGACAGUCUGCAGAAACACCUGCUCACUCACAAGCAGUCCGACUCGUUCCGCUGCGACGUGUGUCAGGGAACGUACCGGAGCCUCAAGUCACUCAAGAAUCACCGUAGGAGGAUUCAUCGCAUUCUGAUCGGACAGCCAAAGUCAAAGCCGACUGCCGAAUGCCAUCUGGAUUUAACUGACUGAAGGUCUCUCAUAAAAAUUGUGUGUAUAAAAAGUGUCCAUUUUUAUAUUUUUUUUUGUUCUUUUCAUAAUUUCAGAUAAUUUUCACUUUGCAGAGUCUAAGGUACUGGAGGGCAAAUUCGUAAGCUGUUUUAGAAAAACUUUUAGAAGUUAUUUUAGCUUGCAGCUGCUUAUAAAUUAACUUUGUCAGAGUGUACAUUUUAGGUUUGAAUUUAAUCCCUGCCAUUCAUUAACCUUUUGAGUCUGUAAAUUAUUCCAUAACUACUUAAUAAUCAAAAUUCGUUCACGUUUGGUGAUGUAGCUUCUUGUUGUUCUUGAUGUUAAUAAACAUACAAGGGUGUGCAAUGUCUUGAGUGUAUUUUUAGUUCUGAUACAUUGAUUUAAGGUAAAACAUUUUUUAAAAGUAUCAUUUUUUUUAAUAUUCUUAAAAAUGCAAGUUAAAUUCAUGAGGUUUGACUUGACUUAAUAUACACUUCUUAGCACACUACAGCAAUUAAUAGAAGCUUAACACUUAAACUCAGUACAACCCACAUAGGGUAACAGGUCUUAAGUGUAAAUUUGCAUUUCAAGUCAUGUAUUUUUAUUUUUUAUUUUUUUCUUCCCCUCAAGGUUUGUAUCCUUAAAAUGUGUGGAGCGGUAAUAAAGAUGCAGCAGAAAAAAUGAA